AUGUUUUCGGGUAUAAGCAAGUUGAUUUUGGGGAAGUCAGCUAUAUCCUCAGCUUACUCAAUUCCAAAACCAUUUAAUUAUCAAACCAUAUCACGAACCUUGUCAACGUCAACCACUCUAGCAAGCGUGCAGAGAGUCAAUAAAAAUUCAUCGAUGUCUCAACUAGCUCAGAAAUUGAAUAAAAACAAAACUAACGAAAAAGUCGUUUAUUGGAAACUAUACGCUACAUUUAAUAGGCACAAUACCAGAUGCACAUUAGUGGCCGUGGUUGAAGAUUUAGACUUCAUGGAAAAGAACAAAGAUUUACCGUACAAUGACAAAGUGUUGUACUACUUACAGUUGCCUCAUAAGGUGAAAUAUAGUGUAACUGCUGGACAAUUAGGAUUCAGAAAAUCUCAAAGACAAGAAUACGAAGCUGGUUUCCAAGUUUCAAGUAAAAUGUUCAAAACCAUAGAAGAAAGAAAUUAUAUUGGUCCUCACGAUAAGAUUGAAUUGAUUUUGAAAAACUUUGGUAAAGGAAGAGAAGCCUUCCAAGCUGCUUUAUUGGGUAAAGAAGGUUCAAAAAUCAAGAACAAUAUCGUUAGAGUCAGUGACGCUACAGUCUUGAAAUUCGGUGGUGAUAGACCAAAGAAAUUACGUCGUUUGUAG